AUGCGCGAAGUAUUCUCGGGCGCCGCCGCCUUUGACAAGGACCUCUCGUCGUGGAACGUGUCAGCGGUUGACUUCAUGUACAAGAUGUUCUACGACGCCUCCUCCCUCAGCGAGUGCAACAAAGCGCUCAUCCACGCCAGCUUCGAGGCACAGAACCCAAGCGGAUGGCCCUACUCGUCCGAAUGGGACUCGCUUGCCUCGUUCCUCGUUGUCGCCUCCUUCACUGCCAGCGGGGACAUCAGCGACUUCGACGGAUCGAUGAAAGCAGACAUUCUUGAGACGCUUGCCCAGCUGGCUGGGUUCGACUUUGUGCCUCUUGGAUCAACUCUCGAAAUCAUCGCCGGAAGCGUCAACGUGGUCGCCAAGUUUCCCGUGGCAACACGGGAGAGCGCAAGCUCGGCGCAAGGUAAUCUGUCCGAGGCCGCGAUGAGUACUCUUCUUGCAGAUGGCAUCUACCUUGAAACCACACUCACGAUUGAGAUUCAGGACGGCCGCGUGCAAGCAGCAAUCAUCGGUGGAGCCUAUAUAUUCAUCAAGAAUAGGAGUCCUAGCAACCCGUCAACCGCCUCGGGCUCAGUUGUCGAGAUGGAGGCAACCAUGGACGUUGAGGAAGCGAAUGCUGUUGCAAACAUAAAAGCUAUGCAACGCGUCUACUCGCUGCGCAUCUAA